GCGCCUGCCCUGGCGGGACUCGCCGGCGGGGGGCGGGAUGCCCGCCUGGCCCGGGCCGGGGUCUCUCUGCCGCAAUCCCCGCAGGGCAGCCCGGCCCGCUUCCUUCCCCUGCUCGCUGCGCACCGCCGCCGGCCGGGCUGGCCGGCUUCCUCUUCCGCGGCUGGGAGGCGGAGGCUCCCCACGCGGCCCUGCCCGCCUGCCUGCCUGGCCUGGGCGGCCGGGUUGAGCCGCGCUCCUCCUGCAGCGCCCCGAUGUCGGCGGAGGGCCCGGCGGGGGGCGCCGGGUCCGGGCUGUGCUGGGCCUCGCUCUUCUCCUGCCUCGGCCUGGCCUGCUCCUACGUGGGCAGCCUCUACGUCUGGAAGAGCCACCUGCCCAGGGACCACCCUGCUGUCAUCAAGCGCCGCUUCACCAGCGUCCUGGUGGUCUCCACUUUCUCACCCCUCUUCAUCUGGGUCUGGAAAGAGGUGACGGGCAUUAAGCCAGAUGCAUCCCUUCUCACCUUGAUGGGCUUCCGGCUGGAGGGCAUUCUGCCGGCAACGCUGUUGCCCCUGCUUCUGACUGUGAUCCUGUUUCUCGGCCCCCUCAUCCAGCUGUCUAUGGACUGUCCCUGGGACAUGGUCGAUGGCUUAAGAGUGGCCUUUGACCCCAGGUUUUGGGUUCUCUGUCUCACCGACAUGCGCUGGCUGCGCAACCAGGUCAUUGCGCCCUUCACCGAAGAGCUGGUCUUCCGGGCCUGCAUGGUGCCCAUGUUGGUGCCCUGCACGGGUGUAGGACUGGCCAUUGUCACCUGCCCGCUCUUCUUUGGAGUCGCUCAUUUCCAUCAUGUUAUCGAGCAGCUGCGGUUUCGCCAAGGAAGCAGAGCUACUAUCUUUCUCUCGGCAGUGUUCCAGUUCUCCUACACCGCCAUCUUUGGAGCCUACACCGCGUUCCUCUUCAUCCGAACAGGACACCUCAUUGGGCCGGUUCUCUGCCACUCCUUCUGCAACUACGUCGGAUUCCCCGCGGUGGGCGCGGCUCUGGAACACUCCCAGUGCUUCCUGGUGGUCUUCUUUUACCUGCUGGGCGUGGUGCUCUUCUUCCUCCUCCUUCUGCCCAUGACGGACCCGGCCUUCUUUGGACACCUGCCCAUCUGCUCCCUCUCCAGGUUGACCUCUCCCGCAGACAGCCUCAGCAGCUCUUCCUGGUGCUCCUGACACCCAGAGGGCACCCCGGCUGCCAACGCUCCCAUGCCCGCCUGUCCUCCCUCCGGGGGAACGCACAGAGGGCUAGGCUACGCUCUGGGCCCACACUGGUUUGCAGCUGGGAAGGGCGGGAGCGCCACCGUUCCCAGAGAAGCUCGUCACUGUUUUCCACCCUGGGUAGCCACGCUGGCAUUCUCGCACACCCGCCCUGAGCCAACCACCCCUUUUUCUAGUGAUCCCAGGGUCCUUUUCUUCCAGGCCCCAAAGAGUUCUAUUUUUUAUUAAUAAAGUACUUUAAGGAGGC